ACCUAGUCUCUCUGCAGACAGCAGGCAGCAGUGUUCAGUGUUAGGGGGAGAGUUGGAGGAGGAUGACACUCACACACUGACUGACUGCAGGGAUCUGAGGAAGACUAACCUGGAGAAAACCAGGACAAAAUAAGGUUGACGGUGUGAUAAACGUGGGCUAAACCAGGCUAAGUCAAAGAAGCAAGCAGGAUCUUUUCCAUAUAGCCUUGUGGAUCCAAAAUCAUAGAAGCAAUAUGGAGUUAAUUAUGACUGAUGUCACUUCCUGUUUCCCGAAGAUGACAGUGCGGGAUGGGCAGCCGCCCUCUGCCCUGUGUGCGUGGGUGGUACUGCUCCUGUUGGUGGUCUCAGGUGAACCCUACCGGACCCCCUACGACCAGGAACAAGACCAGAACAGAGACAGGGACAGUGAGACAACAGACCUCAGGACAGACCCCAGGACAAACACCAAGGUCUACCACAGAGAUGUCAGUGAAGUGAGGGGUAAAGACUGUCGGCGAUGUUGUGACCCUGGAGAGCAGCCCCCUCCUCAUUAUUCCAACCCCCACUACCAAGCGGUGCCACAGAUCAACAUCACCAUCCUCAAAGGUGAGAAGGGGGACAGCGGCCAGCGAGGACCGUACGGUAAAUCCGGUAAGUCUGGCCAAUCCGGUCCCCGAGGGCUCAACGGCAUCAGGGGCACCAAAGGGAGCAUAGGGACCCCGGGUGAACCCUGCAAGGCCCAGUACGCUGCUUUCUCCGUGGGCCGCAAGAAGGCCAUCCACUCCAACGACUACUACCAGACCUUAGUGUUCGACACCGAGCUCGUCAACCUCUACGGCCACUUCAACAUGUUCACCGGCAAGUUCUACUGCUACGUGCCAGGGGUCUACUACUUCAGCCUGAACGUGCACACGUGGAACCAGAAGGAGACGUAUGUGCACGUGAUGCAUAACGAGAGGGAGGUGGUUAUCCUGUACGCUCAGCCCAGUGACCGGAGUAUCAUGCAGAGCCAGAGCCUGAUGCUAGAGCUGGAGAGAGAGGACCAGGUGUGGGUCAGGCUGUUCAAAGGGGAGAGAGAGAACGCCAUCUUCAGCGAUGACUUUGAUACCUACGUCACUUUCAAUGGACACCUCAUCAAGCCAAAAAACGAGGGGUAGGAGGAGGGGGACGGUUGCGUCUAUGUCCCAGGUGGCACCCUUUUCUAUAUAUAGUGCACUACUUUUGAGCAGAGCCAUAUGGACCCUGGUCAAAAGUAGUGUACUAUAUAGGGGAGAACAGGGUGCUAUUUGAGAUGUAGACAGGGUUGUGGGCUUGUGUGAUAUUAUGGACAUGUGUGAAACGAGAUGGAGACACAAUCAGAAGAGUGAUUGGUUCACAGUUCAUAGUAGAAUAUCUCCUUAAUUUUCUUAUUGUGUCUUUUAAUAAAUGUAUUUUAUAUAACAUAAUCCAGAUAGCAAAAUAUAUAUUUUGAGAAGUAAACCAAGCCAAGUCUUAAUCUAGCAAAAACAUGUUGCACACACAGUCCAAUAAAGAUUGAGGAUCUUUUGGAUGUUUUGUCAGGAACCAAACAAAAUGAAUUCAAGAUUGUCACUGUUGUGUUGUUGAGUUUAAAGUGCUUUGAGGGUGUGAAGAAGUGUCCUGCAUCUGCAGCCAUCACAUAGCUGUACUGAUGUCCCUUUGGCCAGUAAACCUUAAAAAGUACUCCAUGUCCCCUGGCAGCACUAAGGGUACAUCCCAAAUGGCACCCUAUUCCCUAUAUUUUGCACGACUUUUGACCAGAACCCUAUGGAGCGUGAUGAAAAUUAGUGCACUAAAUAGGGAAUAGGGUGCCAUUUGGGAUGGAGACCAUUUUAUGAAUUAUGUAUUUUGUGUGAUGGAAAGUAUUAUAAUUCUUACCAAGUUUGCACUCAGAUAAACCAUAUGUUAGGUUAAGAGCACCCAUCAUAGCUUUCAAAUGCAGAUGUAGCGAUAGAGCAUGUUUUUGAGUUACACAAAAUGGCUAUUAAAUUACACUGUAAACAUAUCCUAAAACAAGUAUUGAUAGGGCUUACCCAGGAAAAACCUCCAUUACAGACCAAUUCACAGUGAACAGGAGAUGGAGCACUUUAUAUCUUGUUAUUCAGGCUUUAUUCCCUGACUGGAUGAACUACACAGGUAUACUUCAUAUAUCAUAAAACAUUUCAUACAACCUGGACUAGAUAAAGCAACAGGUGCUAGAAGUGAAUGAGACAAAGCAUGGCAUAGCUGUACAUUCAUUCACAUAGCUGAAUUCUGGUUGUUCAGUGACCGUGGACAUUCAAAACCUGGAAGCAAACCUCUUUCCAUUCAGAUAGAAAAGGUCACUUCAUUUCUGCAGUGUUGUCUGUCUGACAUUUGUAGACUGUAGUCAGCCCUGUCUGUGGAGUUAUUGUACUAGGGUGGGGUUGCCCUUUGAUUAUUUGAAUAAAAAACCCAGCGCUAAUAUUGACAACAUUGGUCCAGUGUGGAUGUAAUCCAGUCUCCAUAAUACAACAAUAGACUCAGAUUUACUGAAGAUACAAUAUCGGUUUAGCAAAAAUGGAAAUGAUAAUCGCAUAGGGCAAAAUCAGUUACAUAUACAAUAAUAAUACUACAUGGUGCUUUAACUGUUCAAAAUCAGUUACAUAUACAAUAAUAAUACUACAUGGUGCUUUAACUGUUCAAAAUCAGUUACAUAUACAAUAAUAAUA